CUCACCCAGGCUUCCUUCCCCUCUCCCUGGUUCGGUCUACUCUCAGCAAGCGGCCUUCUUGGAGAAGGCGGACGAUGUUUCAAGCAGCGGUGGUGAGACUACCUGGCCGGAUGCUGCCAGCCCUGGCCGCCGCAUUCCUGUGGAAGAAAGACAAGCAGCAGAGAGAGAGACCGAGGUCCAGAAGCUGCAGGAAAGAAAUUCAUCCAUAUUAUAAUCUAAAUGUGACUGUGUUAAGAGCUAGGAACAUUGACGGCGCGGACAUGUUGUCCCAAGCAGAUUGCUAUGUUCAAUUAAGCCUUCCUACUGCAUCCCCACUACCUUCCAGGACAAAAGUUGUAUAUAACUCCAGAGACCCUGAAUGGAAUGAAUCAUUUCAUUAUCGAAUUCAUAGUGCUGUCAAGAACAUUCUGGAGCUUACCCUCUAUGACAGAGACCUAAUGCUGGAUGACAAGCUUUCUUCUGUUGUAUUUGAUAUAGAAAACAUUAAACCUGGGCAAACUACUAAGCGAGUCUUUAAACUCAACCCAAAGGAUAAGGCAGUCUUGGAAGUUGAAUUUCACAUUGAGGAAAGCCAGGAUCCUCCCAGUGAAAUAAUCACUAAUGGUGUCUUAGUGGUUCAUCCUUGUAUAUGUGUGGAAGGAAGAAUUAAGCAUGAUGAACAUAAGGAGAAUGGGAACUGCAUAUUAAAAUUGUCUGUACCUGGGUCUUAUGAAAAACAGAUAAGUGCUCCAUUAAAUCAAUUUCAAACUGAAGAAGUGGGCAAAUUUGUUUUCCAUGCUGACAGUUAUAUGAGUCCACAUCUAGAUGUCUCCCUUUUAAAGACUAUGAGAAUAGCACAGAAUGACAUGGCACCUGAACUUGACAAGCAGACACUAUUUUUGGGUAAAGGAUCUGUUCAGUUGUCAUCACUUCCUAACGGGCCGGAGACUGACAUUGAUCUACUUUUGUCCAAGAAUCACAUCGUCAAUAUGAGUAUGACAAAAGAAGAAUGCUAUCAGGAACUGGACAUCCGACUUGAAUUUGAACUGUCUCAUGGGGAGAGAGACUUCCUGAAGAAGCGAAAGGACAUUAUUGCACAAUCUCUCAAAAAUGCCCUUGAUCUGAAUACAGUCCCUGAUGAGGUUCCUGUAGCUGCAGUUCUAGGUUCUGGUGGAGGAGCGAGAGCAAUGACUUCAUUCUACGGUAGUCUACAAGGCCUUCAAGAUCUGAAGUUACUGGAUAGCAUCACUUACUUAUCUGGGGUGUCUGGAUCAACUUGGUGUAUGUCUAUGCUUUAUGAAGAUCCUGAUUGGUCAAAUAAAGAUCUUAAGGAGCAAAUAAACAGGGCAGAAAUAUCUAUGACAUCCAGCAAGUCUGGGGCAUUUUCUGCAGAAAGGAUAAAACAUUGCACACAAGAGCUAAUGGCCUUGGAGCAGGACGGAUACAAAGUCAAUUUCAGUGAUUUGUGGGGUCUUGUGUUAGAAUAUUUUCUACACCAGAAGGAUAAUCCAGCUAGACUUUCAGACCAACAAAACUCUGUGUUAAGGGGUCAAAAUCCUUAUCCCAUCUAUGCUGGUGUUAAUGUCAGAGUGAAUAUUAAUGGAGGAGACUUUGCAGAAUGGUGCGAAUUUACCCCCCAUGAAGUUGGAUUUCCAAAAUAUGGAGCAUUUAUUCGCACAGAAGAUUUUGGCAGCGAGUUCUUUAUGGGACACCUCAUUUACAGGAGAAAAGAACCCAAGAUUUGCUUUUUGCAAGGAGUCUGGGGCAGUGCUUUUGCAGCCAACCUUGAUGAGAUUUGGGCUCGUACAUCUGGCACAGGCAUACGGUGGCUUAAUUCUUUGACUGAUGUUAUCAGGGUAAUAGAUGAUUGCAGAAAAUUACACUUUCCUGAUCCGACCCAACUGCAGACUCGUUUGGUCAUGCCAGGAGGGAUUGUUUCAAACAUCUUCCAGGAUUUCUUUAAGUCAAGGUUUACUGCUGGAGAACUAUAUAACUUUACCAGAGGCCUUUACCUCUACAAAGACUACAUGGAAGAAAGGGAGUUUGUGGCAUGGAAAGGAAAUCACUUGGAUGCUUUCCCCAACCAUUUAACACCAAUGGAGGAGAAUUUAUAUCUUGUGGAUGGAGGAUUCUCUAUAAACUCUCCCUUUCCACUGGUGCUGGAGUCAGAGAGGAAUGUUGAUAUCAUAUUCUCCUUCAACUACUCUUGGCAAGCUCCUUUUGAGGUCCUUCACCUAACCUCAAAAUACUGCAAGGAAAGAGGCAUCCCAUUUCCCAAUAUUACAGUGUCAGAAGCAGAUGAGAAACAGCCUAAGGAAUGUUAUGUGUUCAUGGAUGAUGAUAAUGCAAGAGUUCCCAUAGUGCUUCACUUUCCUCUUGUAAAUGACACGUUUCAUACAUACAAAGCACCAGGAAUUUUACGCGAAACAGAUGAAGAGAAGGCUUUUGGGAACUUUCUGCUUCAAGACAAAGAUUCUCCUUACAGGACAAAAUGUUUUACCUAUGAGCCAAAUGAUUUUAAUAGACUAGUGGAAGUGAAUCGUUACAAUGUGUUAAACAAUGAAAAAAUGAUUAAAAGUGUCCUCAAGGUAGCCCUGGAUCGAAGGAAUAAAAUGACCAAUAGUAGAUUAAAAAAAGAAAAAAAAGUAAACAUUUGAAAAAGCAAACUAUACUCCUGCUCUGCAAUAUCUGUCAUGAACUCCAUUUUAGUUUGCAGUAGGAUGAAUCAGCAUUCCCUGGAAAAGUCAAGACCUACUGUGAUUGUCUAUUCAUUGGGGUCUGGCCUUUGGGAUCUGACCUGUCUAAUGUAUUCCACCUUGAUUAAUCAAGGGUUAUUGAAUAAAAUG